UGGAGGUGAAAGGGGGUGCUGGCAGGCUCAUGAUAGCUGUAAUUUACCGUGUACUAGGAGAGCUAUGGAAGGUGGCACUGAUGUUGCUCCUGGUUCCUUGCUGCUCUAGCUUCAUCCCAAAGAUAGUGGUGCUGACCUGGCUGCUGAGUCCCCCUUCUUUUUGUGUUCAUUUCCUUUAAUGACAUAGAGUGAGCUUCCCCCAGGGGGUAAGGAAUGGUAUCAAGGAGGGGGCUGUUAUGCAGAGAGAUUUUUGGGUCAUAUCCAUCAUUUGAAAGCUGGAAACACACACCCUUGAACCGCAUUGAAAUAUAAUGACUUGGAGGGGUUUCUGGAUGAAUGGAAACGGGGUAAAAAUGGUGGCAUUGCUGGAGGUAUUGAAAUCUGUAUCACCUUUCCCACAGAAUAUGUAAAAACACAGUUACAAUUGGAUGAAAGAGCAAAUCCCCCUCGGUAUAGAAGCAUUGGUCACUGUGUGAGGCUGACCAUUCAGGAGCAUGGUGUGAAGGGUCUGUACAGGGGCCUAAGUUCUUUGUUGUAUGGCUCUAUUCCAAAAUCUGCUGUCAGGUUUGGCAUGUUUGAGUUCCUCAGCAAUAUUGCAAAGGAUUCAAGUGGGAAACUAGACAACAAAAGGAGUUUGCUUUGUGGCCUUGGAGCUGGUGUUGCAGAAGCUGUCCUAGUAGUCUGUCCAAUGGAAACUAUAAAGGUGAAGUUCAUUCAUGAUCAGUCCUCUUUAAAUCCAAAGUACAAAGGGUUUUUCCAAGGUGUCCGUGAGAUUGUUCGGGAACAAGGCUUACGUGGAACAUAUCAGGGGCUGACAGCUACAGUCCUCAAACAAGGCUCAAACCAGGCUAUCCGUUUCUUUGUGAUGACUUCCCUUCGAAAUUGGUAUCUAGGUGAUAAUCCCCACAGAAAGAUGAAUCCGCUUAUUACAGCUGCAUUUGGUGCUACUGCAGGUGCAGCCAGUGUCUUUGGCAAUACUCCAUUAGAUGUCGUCAAAACCAGGAUGCAGGGCCUGGAAGCUCAUAAAUAUAAAAAUACACUAGAUUGUGCCUAUCAGAUCCUCAAAAAGGAGGGCUUAUUAGCAUUUUACAAAGGAACAGUUCCCCGUCUUGGCCGAGUCUGUUUGGAUGUAGCAAUUGUGUUUGUUAUUUAUGAAGAAGUGGUCAAUGUUCUUAACAAGGUCUGGAAAACUGCCUGAUGCUGCUUUUUAUAAGGCUGACAAGGACAGUUUGGAUAGCUGGCUAGCCAAGUCCAAUGAGUGCAAAUCUCAAUUGAAUUUACUGCCUAUGGUUUAUUAUCAAAGGUGUUUGAAAUGCAAACGCGAUCAUUCCAUCUUCAUUCUUUAAAGUGACAAACCUGUAAUCCAGACAUUACACCACUUCAAAGUUUAUAAAUUGUAUGGUGUAGAGAAAAGGCUAGUAGAGCAAUAUUACUAACUGCAUACAUGCUGGCUCCUAACACAGCUGAAAUUGGUGAUCUUGGCAGGCAGAAAACCAAUUAAAGUAAAAACACUUGGCUAGAUUCUGCUGUUUACAUGAGUGUAUCUCUGGAUUAAUUUUGUUGACCAUUAAACUCCAAAGAGGCCCCCAUCUAAACACCAUGCUGUGUCAAACAACUAAAAGUUUUUUGUUUGGUUUUGGUUUUAAAUGUAUUUUAGUUAAACUUUUAAGCUGUAUAUGGACAUUCUUUUAAUCUAAACCAGGCUUGUAUAGGUAAAUUUACCCUGAGGCAGGGUGAACCACAUAAACUAGUUUUAUGUCUAAGUAAAAGUGCACUGGUUCCAAAACAGAUUACCUAAAUCUGAUUCUUAAACAUGUGCAACUUCUGUGUGUAGACAAGGCUUGAGUGCCUUCAAUAGAGUUACUGUUUACUUACACUGGUAUAAUUGAGAGCAGAGUCUGACACACUGUUCUUGAAAGAUCACAUAUGCUGAAAAAUUGGAGAAGGGAGCACACUUCCCAUGCUGACUGACAGCAUCUGUCAGGCUGAAUAGCAACUUUGUAAAUAGCUUUAUUUCUUAUUUAUUUAUUUAUUUAUUUACUUUUGAGUUUGGUUUCUGGGCGAGGAGGAAACUGCCUUGUGGGCUCCUGCUGUGAAAAUGCUGGACCAGCUUUCUGAUCGGAGGCACUAGAAGUAGCAAGGAAUACUUGGGACCAGAUCACUGGCAUAUAAUAGGGAUGUAAAUAUCGGUUAAAAAAGUGAACCGUUAAACUGUUAAAAUUAUAUCAUUUAAUUGGUUAACCGACGCCGCUCCAGUGCAGGGGUCCCGCUGGGACUGUGGGGCUGGGAUUGCGCCAGCCGGCCGGGCUGGGGUUGCGCCAGUCAGCUAGCCCGACACAGCUUGGGCUUCUUUGGCCCAGCACAGCCAGCCCCCAGGGUUAACGGUUAAGGUCCAGUUAACGGUAAGCCUAAUGCUUACCGGUUAACCAUUUAACCUUUUACAUCCCUAUUAUAGCACGACUGGGCCCUUAUAUAUUUACCUAAGUAAAGCUCAUGUUGAAUUCAGUGAGUCGUACUUGAGUAAGGACUGCAGGUCUAGCCCUAUUCUGAAAUUGCAGAAUAAAGUUCCCAAAACUUC